CGAUGAUGACGAUGAUCCUCGAAUUUGAACUUUAUUUGUUUACAAUGUUUACAUUUAAUGAUUAAAUUUUCAACCCUCCUCUUUGCUUUUGUUCAGGAAUCAGAAAGAACUGAAAGAAGAAUGGACAGUGAUAUUUUGUUUGUCUUGAUCGAUCAAAAAUAAAAAUUUGUUUAUUUGAUAAUAAAUAAAUAUCAAAAUGUUUGUCCGUGAGCUGAAGAAACUUGUGCUGUGUUCUCCAAAGGCCAACAUCACAUUAUUAUGCAGAGUUUUUAGCAAAAAAUUUGAUGACAGCGCGUUCCUCAACAUCCCGCCAGAAGAUAUUCGUAACUUCAGCAUAGUUGCUCACGUGGACCACGGAAAAUCUACUCUUGCAGACCGAAUCCUCGAAAUGACCGGAGCUAUUCUGCCAAACUCUGGGGCCCAGGUUCUGGAUAAGUUGCAGGUUGAAAGAGAGCGCGGGAUCACAGUAAAAGCACAAACAGCCACCUUGGAGUAUAUUUCAAAAAAGUCCCCUGGCAAACGAUUAAUGUUGAAUUUAAUCGACACUCCUGGUCAUGUUGAUUUUUCUUACGAGGUUUCGCGCUCACUGAGUGCUUGCCAAGGUGUUGUUCUGCUUGUCGAUGCCAAUCAAGAGGUCCAGGCACAAACGGUGGCCAAUUACGAUCUGGCAGUCAGUCAAGGAUUGAAAAUAAUUCCUGUCCUUAACAAAAUCGAUCUGAAAAAUGCAGAUCCGGAGGCAAUUUCCGACCAAAUGAAUGUGAUCUUCAACAUCCCUAAAACAGAUAUUCUUAGAAUAUCAGCCAAGACUGGUCACGGAGUAUCUGAACUGAUGGACGCAAUUGUUGAUAGAAUUCCACCGCCUCCUGCCGUUAUUAAUGCUGAGUUCCGAGGGCUGAUUUUUGACAGUUGGUACGACAGGUACAAGGGAGUGAUUGUACUUGUCUACGUGGCUGACGGGAGCAUCAAGCCCGGACAGACUAUUACCUCCGUCCAUACAAACAUCAGCUACGAAGUUAGGCAUUUAGGAAUUCUACGGCCUGGAGAACAACCGGUUUCAGCUUUAAAGGCUGGAAAUGUAGGGUUCAUUAUGUGCAAUAUGAAAAGCAUCAAAGAUGCCCAUUCUGGGGAUACUCUUAAACUCAAAGGUUCAAACGUUGAACCGCUAAAAGGCUUUAAGCCAAUUAAACCCAUGGUAUAUGCUGGUGUGUAUCCAAUGGACCAAGCCCAGCACCAAAACCUGAAGGGUGCCAUUGAAAAACUGACCUUAACCGAUCCCAGCGUUUCGGUUGCCAUCUGCUCGAGCCCAGCCUUGGGUCAAGGAUGGCGACUGGGUUUCCUGGGGCUCCUUCACUUGGAUGUUUUCUCCCAGCGACUCGAGCAAGAGUACGGCGCACUGGCCGUUCUCUCUGCACCCUCAGUUACCUUUAAAGCCAAAAUCAAACCUAUUGCUAAGCUCAUAAAACAAUAUGGCAAAGAAAUUGAAUUUAAUAACCCUGCGCUCUUUCCGCACUCAACAAUUGUUGAGGAGUACUAUGAGCCAAUGGUAUUGGGCACCAUUAUUACCCCUGAUGCUUAUUUGGGUCAGGUGAUUUCUCUGUGUGUGGAUAAAAGAGGCCGACAAUUAAACUCAAAAAAUUUGGACCAGUCUCGAGUGGUGCUCCAGUUCAUAUUGCCUUUGAGUGAAAUUGUGAUUGAUUUCCACGACCGGCUUAAGUCAGUUACAUCAGGAUUUGCCAGUUUUGACUAUGAGGACCACGGUUAUGAAGCUGCUAGUCUUGUAAAGAUUGAUAUUUUGCUGAAUGGCAUAGUAAUAGACGAAUUAAGCAAUGUAGCACAUUACAAGAGGGCCCAACAGUUUGGUAAAGACUUGUGCAGAAAACUUUUGGAUAUCAUUCCAAGGCAACAAUUUUUGGUCGCAAUCCAAGCAUCUGUUGGAAGUAAAGUUCUUGCUAGAGAAGAUUUGAAGCCGUACAGAAAAGACGUCACAGCCAAACUGUAUGGAGGAGAUGUGACGAGGAGGAAUAAACUUUUGGCGAGACAAGCAGAAGGCAAGAAGAAGUUGAGGCUAGCUGGAAAUUUAGACGUGCCAAGAGACACAUUUAUAAAAGCUUUGAAGUUUUGAAACAGACUUAAAAUUUAUUUCCUAGUCAGAGAGAAACUCCCUUUCAAGUGCCAGUCCCAUUUCACUCAGGUCCCCUUCCACUUCACUACUUUCAGAGUCUGUGUCGUAAGUGCCGUUAAGCGAGUCAUUAGAGUCUUUUGGUAACUUCAGCUUCGGCUCUUCCUCUUCGCCUGCUUGACUUGACCUCUUCCGACUUCUAGAAACAUCGUCUUGACUCUCCUCGUCGUCCGUCUUGAAGUCGUCCACAAACGAAUUGAAGUCAUUUUUCAACGAGUCCUCACCCAGCGUCUCUUCGUCUUGGUCGUCGGUGUCCGAGUCACGAUCCAUAGCCGACUCAUCGUCUGUUUCGUUGCAAAUGUCGUCCACCUCCUGGUCCAUGGACUUCAGGUCGUCGGACGAAAGGACCAGAAGAGG